CGCUGCCGAGCCCACAACUGCCCCAGCCAGCCCUCCCGCCUGCCUGCCACACUGCGAGGGAGCGAUCGCGAAGCCCGCAGCUGAGCGCACCUACGGAGCAGCGCCCGAACAGUCACCACGGCCAUGUUUCACCCUGCCGAGCACGCCCAGGACUGGGCCAUGGAGGGCCCCCGGGACGCGCUCAAGAAGGAGCGGUUGCUGGAUGACCGCCACGACAGCGGCCUGGACUCCAUGAAGGACGAGGACUACGAGCAGAUGGUGAAGGAGCUGCGGGAGAUCCGCCUCCAGCCGCUGGUGGCACCGCUUAGCCCAGAGCCCUGGAAGCAGCAGCUCACCGAGGACGGAGACUCGUUCUUGCACUUGGCUAUCAUCCAUGAAGAGAAGGCACUGACAAUGGAAGUGGUCCGCCAAGUGAAGGGAGACCUGGCCUUUCUUAACUUCCAGAACAACCUGCAGCAGACUCCACUCCACUUGGCUGUGAUCACCAACCAGCCAGAAAUUACUGAGGCACUUCUGGGAGCUGGCUGUGAUCCUGAGCUCCGUGACUUUCGAGGAAAUACCCCCCUACACCUUGCCUGUGAGCAGGGCUGCCUGGCCAGUGUGGGAGUUCUGACUCAGAGCUGUGGGACCCAGCACCUCCACUCCAUCCUGCAGGCCACCAACUACAAUGGUCACACGUGUCUGCACUUAGCCUCUAUCCAUGGCUACUUGGGCAUCGUGGAGCUUCUGGUGUCCCUGGGUGCUGAUGUCAAUGCUCAGGAGCCCUGUAAUGGUCGAACUGCCCUUCAUCUUGCGGUGGACCUGCAGAAUCCUGACCUGGUGUCUCUCCUGCUGAAGUGUGGGGCUGAUGUCAACAGAGUCACCUACCAGGGCUACUCCCCAUACCAGCUUACCUGGGGCCGCCCAAGCACCCGGAUACAGCAGCAGCUGGGCCAGCUGACCCUAGAAAACCUUCAGAUGCUGCCAGAGAGUGAGGAUGAGGAGAGCUAUGAUACAGAGUCCGAGUUCACAGAGGAUGAGCUGCCCUAUGACGACUGCGUUAUUGGAGGCCAGCGCCUGACGUUAUGAGCUUCACAAAGUGUCUAAAAGAACAUGAACUUGUAUAUUUGUACAGAAAGAGAGUUUUAUUUUUCUAAAAAAAAAGAAAAAAGAAAAAAAUCAAAAGGGUGUUCUUAUAACCACACUGCACACUGCCUGGCCCAAAACAUUUUCCUGGAGUGGAUCAGCCUGUAUUCUUUUUAAGAACUUUGGAAGGGGACAAGAAAGAUCAUUGGAAUUCAAAGCAAAUCUCUUUGAAACCUCACCAUCAUGGGUUUUUUUGAGAAGGUUAUCCAAACUCUGAUGAAAGGACUGAUUUUAUUUAUUGUGCUUUCUGACUGAACCUUCGUGUAUUGAGUGGCUGAGCCCAGUUGUGUCCUGUGAUGAGUGACAAUGAAGCGUGUUGUUGAACCUUUCAAUGGUGUGGGGUUAACAGUCGCUGCCUGUCAAGGUUUGGGUUACCCUCCUGUAAAUGGUGUACAUAGUGUAUUUUGUUGGUAAUUAUUUUGCUACUUCUAAGAUGUAUAUUUAUUAAACAGAUUUUUAUGAACGGAA